CCACCAUCACCACCGUUGACAAGGGUCCUUGGGGUCUUGACAAGGCUGUGAUUGUCUCACACUCUCAAUAGUUAGGCAACAAUCAACAAACGACCAUCAACAACCAGCAUAAUUCCACUCUUCCCAUCUCCAUGAACCCAAACCGUCAAGAUAUCCUUGACAGGCCCGGCCCACAGCCCCAUGCGAGAUGACAGACAGCGCCAGCACACGCAGCACACGCCGCCCGCGGGCGCAUCCUCGCCGAAGCCCUACAGGAUGAGCUCGGCUUGGCGCCACGAUUGGGCUUCCUUUUAUUCGGGGGAUUCGACUCACUAGGUACGGCGGCUAACUGCGCCGCCAACAAGGCUGGUCUAGCCUGCAGUAGGCUGUCAAUCGAGCCUUUUUGUUUGUAUAUAAGAAGAGGCAAACCAUCACCAGCCUCGCGAUGGGCGCCUAGUUCUGGGUGUGCCUUCAACCCUCCGCGCGCGAUGGAGAAACUCCGCACCAGCUCGUCGGCCGACCGACCGGAGACGAGGAUUUUCGAGGAAUGCGAGCCAGAUGACUGGGUAGAACGGCGCAUUUCGCUGCUUGAGUUGGAUGCAGAGACCCCGCGCUACUCGACAAUAAUCUUCACCUCGACCACGACCCUCAACGAGCCCUCCCAUCUGCCCCUCUUCCCCGACCGCUUCCAACCCAUCAUCACCGAAGACCUGAACGGCUCCUUCGACUGCGAGGACAUCCCCAACGAAGCCGGCCAAUUGAUCCAGCACAGAUCAUGGUCCACCUACAAAAUCAAACGCGUCGUCGAACCCCACAAAUACCACUGGACGCAAGCCACCUGCUACGUGCACUGGGACCCGACCACCAGCCACCAGACCGUCUACUGCAUCGACCUGCCGCUGGCGGCCCGCAUAUUCCUGAAAGCCUUCACCCCGCCCGCCCGCCGGCGCGCGCACGACCCGUACGCCUGGCACGCGGCGUUCGCGACGGCGUUGAUCCCGGAGUACGAUCGGUCGAUAUGGGGGUUACGGGAUCUGGUGCGGGAGAUUGAGAAGGGCCGACUCAACCCCACGGCCCUGACGCCGGAUUUCUUCCCGCACCUGCACGACAUCGCGCGCCACAUCUUCCACGCCAACGAGACCCUCGAGGUGGCCCAGCAUACCGUAGAGAGUUUGGUGAGGGAGCAGAUUCGGUCGGCGGGGUUGUAUUCCCCAGCAGCAGCAGCAGCAGCAGCAGCAGGGAUACCAAAUCCCACUCCCACUCCCAGCUACAAUGCCUCGUCGCAUUAUAAUCACAGCUACAACCACAGCCACUGCGCCCCAGCACCAACCACAAGCACGCACCUCUCCACUCUCCAGACCGAACGCGCUCUCCGCGCCCUCGCCAAACAGCUCCAUGCGCUGCACACGCGCAGCCGCUCGCUCACGGAGCGGUUACACAAUGAGAUCAAUCUAGGGUUCAACCUCGUCUCUCAGCAGUUCGGCCACGACACCAAGUCCGAUUCGGCGAUGAUGAAGACCAUCGCCGUGGUGAGUAUGGUCUAUCUGCCGGGGACGUUUGUGUCGGGCCUCUUCGGGACCAACUUCUUCAACUUCACCGACGGCGACGAACACACCUGGUUCAUGGCAGGCUCGUUCUGGUUGUACUGGGCGGUGACGAUCCCCCUGACCCUCGCCACCAUGGCGGUCUGGGCUUGGUGGCAUUACUUCCUGCCUGCAAAGAGAAGAACCAGAAAGAUGCCGGUGAGACAGAGGGUGGAGACGGUGUGAAGGAUACGCAAUGCCCGGGAAGGGGUUACUGACGGGUGCAAUGAAGUGAUGACUUGGAUGAUCGCGGGUUGGAGAUCAUAGACAGUGCAUUGAGUUACUCUGUAGGAUCGAUCCGGGCAGACAUGAUGUAUAAUGAGUUAUGAUUAUAAGAUGUUAAAUGAUGGUGCAAUAGCUACUAAUUCAAGAUGGCAGUGAUUCAGAGACACAUGAGACAAAUGCUGAAUCGGGAGCCCGCAAGUAGCUGGGGUCGAAUCCUGAGGAGCGACCGGCUACUAGUCGCUACAGUCCAGGUCCAGCUAAUGGCAAGGCUCAAGAUUCAGUCGUAGACCGGCACACAGGCCGGUCGGUUCAGGGCUCGCUGGCCCGUUGAGGAGGGAUCAUUGGAUCCUCUCGGGUAUCAAAUUGGGCAUGGGCAAAGGAGGGUUUCAGGCCACCUCAUCCGGCGGGACUGCUUUCCUCCGCCCCAUCGGGGGAUUCGUCGACUCCCG